CCACUUCACCUUUGCAGACGACGCUUGCUGCUGAGGGAGAGAUUUUUCUGCGGUUGAGGUAGAAACUUUCGACAGAUCGAGACCAGUUUGGGGCGAUUGGGGACCGCUUCCGAGACAGGCCUCGAGAAUUAAACCGAAACCGGAACCGGGAGAUCUCUAGGGUCCGCUUCCGGUCGAUCUUCGAUCCGAUUCUCCGCUGACAUUCUCCCUAUUAAACUCGACCGAGGCAGCGAGAAGUGAGGCUGGUGUCGACUGAGUGCAUUUUUGUUUUUCUGUUGGAUAUGUUUUAGGCUUACGACGUGAAAGGAUAAUUCACGGUUACGAAAGGUGAAGAUAAAUAGUGACUGGAUUCAGAAAGUCCUCGGCUAGUAGAGAGAAAAGAAAUUUCAUGUAAAGUUCCAAGGAUACGUUGCUGCCUCGGGAGUGGCUGUGAUGGAGUCAACUAGACUCAUGAGUUUCUUGGUGACUCUAUUUUGCACUGCUACACUUUCUUUCUUUGCCUCACCAAUCAGGUGCACGGGAGCUGCCGACGUUGUACGGGUGGCCGUCCCACAUGACGCAUAUCCAGGCUAUGGUAUCACCAAGCUGGAAUACUGGGGUCAAGCAUUUAGCCUCCUAGAUAAUGAGUUCUCGUGCUUAUUUGCUGUCAUGAAUGAUGGCCUACUGAUGCCAACAACGGAUCUCAGUCAUCUAGUCAACUCUCCUCCGCUCACGCUGGUCGUGAAGGAAGAAGCGGAAAAUGGCACCAAAGAACAGAUGGUGGUGGUGCAUGUGGUUGACCGUAACCGACUUGUAAGGUUCUCCCAAGAUAGUUACAGCGGGCAUGUUUUGGAGAACGAACCGGUUGGCACAGUGGUCGAUGGAUUGGACCGCGUUUUUGCUACCUCCGAUCCUCAUCAUCCUAUAAUCUACACUUUCGUGUCCGGGAAUGAGGAUGAUGCAUUUAGCAUCGUUCAACCAGUCAACAAUUUAUCCACCGCCAUUGUCAUCCGCACUAAUCGAGUCCUCGACCGUGAGCGGCAAGAGGUUUAUGACUUGAUCAUUCGUGCCACGGAUGUAGAAGAAGCAAACAGCGCAGAUGCUCGUUUGACUAUUGCUGUAGAUAAUGUCAACGACAAUGCCCCUGUUCCAGACAGGACAGUUUACGAGUUUCGCAUUCCUGAGGAUCUCGAAUUAUAUUCGAUUGUGGGCAAUGUCAGUGCUUAUGAUGCAGACGGAGACAGACCAGUGUACCACUUGGUAUCGAGACAUCCUGUUUUUGCUAUCAUACCUAAAACAGGACAGUUACUACUGAUAGCCACUCCUGAAUUGAAAACGUAUAAGCUUAGCAUUCGUACACAGGAUACCGCGAAACCUCCUAGGAUCAGCGCUCCUUUCUCGGUGUAUAUAGAAGUCUACAGUGAGGAAAUACUGCUAGAGAAUGAAGUGGAAAUUUCUUCUUCUCUAAAUGAUUCUUCGCCACUGGAGACGAAUGAGAUAUUCCUUAUUCGUCAAAGGAGAAGCGUGAGACCGACCAAGAGUUACGAGUACAAAGAAACGGACGGGAGUAAACCAGGGAAAGUGAUGUUUCAGUUGGAUAAGAAGCAUCCACAGGAGACAUACAAAAUUGAAAACCCCAUCAAGUGGGUUGAAGUGGAUGCAUCUGGUGAUGUGAAAGUCAAAGAACCGUGGGACUACGAACAACUUGGAAAAGAGAAAACGAUAGAUUUCUGGGUUUUUGUCACCGGACCCAACAUAAAUG